ACCCCCUUCCUUCCUGUCUUGGCGGCUAAAUACCUGACAGGAAGAAGCACAAGCAGCAACAGACUGGCAGCUUCCAGGGAAGAUGAGGCCACUCCUGCUCCUGUUGGCCUUUCUCCUUCCUCCCAGGACUAGAGCAGGGGAAAUCAUCGGAGGCCAAGAGGCCAGACCCCAUUCCCAUCCCUACAUGGCUUAUCUUCACAUCCAGAGUCCGGGGGGCUCGAGCACUUGCGGGGGUUUCCUGGUGCGAGAAGAUUUUGUGCUGACAGCAGCUCACUGCCAGGGAAGCCGUAUAAAAGUCAUCCUGGGAGCCCACAAUGUCCAGAGGCGGGAAAGAACCCAGCAGCGCAUCCCUGUGGUCAGAGCCUUCCUCCACCCUGGCUAUAACCAGCAGACCAACAUGAAUGACAUCAUGCUCCUGCAGCUGAGGAGGAGAGCCAGACUGAAUCAAGUCGUGAGGCUAGUGGCUCUGCCUGAGACCGAGGCCAGGGUGGGGCCUGGGACCAUGUGCACCUUGGCCGGCUGGGGUCGAGUGGACCUGAACAGAGGAACAGACACACUCCGAGAAGCGCAGCUGAGAGUGGAGAAUGAUCAGGAGUGCAGCAUUCGCUUUCCUUUGUACACGGGUCAAACGCAGAUUUGCGUGGGAGACCCACGGGAGAGAAGGUCGGCCUUCCUGGGAGACUCCGGGGGCCCCCUCGUGUGUAACAACGUGGCGCAGGGGAUUGUCUCCUACGGAAGUAGUCUCGGGAUUCCUCCCGCAGUUUUCACCAGGAUCUCAAGCUUCUCAUCCUGGAUAAGGGAAACAAUGAGACGCCUCCAAAAGCAGAGUCAAAAUGAGGUCCCUCUCUCACUGAUGCUUCCCUGAUCAGCUUGCCUCCAGGGGGGCUGCCAGAGCCUUAAUAAAUGUCCAUGUCCAGAGUGGAUAUAACUGA